AGCAUGGGGGACUUGGACGACCUGGACGACAGCCUGACCAGCCUCAUGUGGCUGCAGGAUUUCUCAAUCACCAGCGCCAGCAUGGGGAAGUCCUCCUGCUGCCCCAGCGGUCCGGACCCCCAUGAUUGUCACGGGAUCCCCAGCUUUGCUGCCCCAUGCUCGCCUCUGGCUGCCGACCCGGCGUGCAUGGGCAUACCCCACACUCCCUGCAAUCCCAUCUCCUCCUCCACCUCGAGGACAGCGCACCAUGCCAUGGCCAUGAACCCUCAGCUUGCAGAGGACAUCGACUACAAGACCAACCCGCAUGUCAAGCCGCCCUACUCCUACGCCACCCUCAUCUGCAUGGCGAUGGAAGCCAGCAAUAAGCCCAAAAUCACCCUCUCUGCCAUCUACAAGUGGAUUACCGACAACUUCUGCUACUUCCGACACGCCGAUCCCACCUGGCAGAACUCCAUCCGGCACAACCUCUCCUUGAACAAGUGCUUCAUCAAGGUGCCCCGGGAGAAGGGUGAGCCAGGGAAAGGUGGGUUUUGGAAGCUUGACCCCCAAUAUGCCGACCGGCUCAAGAACGGUGCCUUCAAAAAGCGGAGGACACCCCCAGUGCAGAUCCACCCGGCUUUCACCAAAAAACUCCAGGAAGAUGCACAGUGCGCCGUCAGCCCAGCCGCUUCGCCUUGCACCUCUAAUAACAUCCUCAAUGUCAACGUGGAGUCACAGCAGCUGCUGAAAGAGUUUGAAGAAGUCACCGGCAACCAGAACUGGAAUCCAGUGGAUGGCAAAGCAGGGUACAAACGCAAGCAGUCCUUGCCCAAGCGAACAGCCAAGGCGGCUCGGCUUUCCAACUCUGCCUUGCUGAGUCAGGAAGAGCAGACCGAGCUGGGAUCACUGAAAGGUGACUUUGACUGGGAAGCCAUCUUCGACACCAACCUGAAUGGAGACUUCUCCAGUUUUGAGGAUCUGGAGCUCACGCCUCCAAUCAGCCCCAUAACACGCGAUCUGGACUUGACGGUACAUGGGCACAACGUGGACUAUCCCCAGGAGCAGGAGCAGGUCCUCACCGAAUCCAACCAGAACAACCUGGACUUUGAUGAAACCUUCAUGGCCACUUCUUUCCUGCAGCAUCCCUGGGACGAAGGGACAAACGAUUACCUCUCCGACCCUGUCAAUGUGGAGCAGUUGUUUGAACUCAACGAUGCCUCUUUGUCACCGGAUGUGAGCGACUGGAGCAGUCUGGCAUCCCUUUUAUAA